AUGUCUUCUUCUUCAUUACCACUUCCGUCAGCUGCUAACUCGCCGGCGACUCAAACACAGGCGACCGCCGGAACGGUGGAUCAUGUCUCAUCAGCAAGCCUCCCUCGCACAGUUUGGGGCAAUGGCUUCCUCGACCACAGAUUUGAUUAUGCGUCACUCCAGGCGAACCAUAAACAGCCAAAACACGAAGUUUUGAAGCAAGAGGUGAGGAAGAUGGUGAUAGAUUACGAUGUAAAAAGUGGAGACUCUGAGUCACAUAUUGCAGAUAAGCUACGACUGAUAGAUGCAGUACAACGGCUAGGCGUUGGAUAUCACUUCGAGAAGGAGAUCGGAGAAGUUCUUGAAAGAGUUGAUGAUUUAGGAGAUGACUUAUUUUCUAACAUUGGUGACAAAGGUUCCGAUCUCUACCAUGCAGCUCUCCGGUUUCGACUCCUGAGACAACAAGGGUUUCCUGUAUCGCCGGAUGGGUUUAGAAAGUUGAAAGGAAGCGAAGGAAAGUUCAAAGAGUGGUUGGCGAAGGACGAGAAAGGAUUGUUGAGCUUGUACGAGGCAGCACACAUGGCAUUCAAUGGAGAAGAUAUAUUGGAUGAAGUCCUGAGUUUUGCUACAAAGACCCUUGAGUCAAUCUUCCCAAACAAGAUAACCAACCCUUCAUUCCAAAAGCAGAUCGACUUUGCCCUUCGCGUUCCUGCUUGGAAAUGUGUCCCGAGGUCCCUUGCUAGACACUCCAUCGAUUUCUACUCUACGGACUCUUUCCACCAUGAAAAACUCCUCGCCUUUGCAAAGUUGGACUUCAACAUAGUUCAAAAAUUUCAUCAGCAGGAGCUCUAUGAAGUCUCUAAUUGGUGGAGAAGUAUUGACGUGGCGACCAAAUUUCCCUAUGCAAGAGACAGGCUUAUGGAGAGUUAUUAUUGCGUCAAUUCUAUGUAUUUUGAGCCCAAAUACCGGUCGGGAAGAAUUAUAGCCACCAAAAUCUUCUUAAUGUUGGCUAUAUUGGACGACACUUACGAUAACUUUGCUACAUAUGAAGAGGCGCAUGCCCUAACGGAAGCUAUUGAAAGGAUGGAUGUUAGGGCUCUCCAAGAACUACCCGACAGGAUGAGAAAUGUAUAUAGUGUCAUCCUUAAUCUAUAUGAUGAAAUCGAGAAGGAAACUGGAAAAAUAGGACCCACUUUCGGUGUCCAAUAUGCAAAGGCAGAGCUCAAGAAAUUGUCCCAAGCCUACUUGGGUGAGAUUCGGUGGCGCAAUGAAGGUCGGGUUCCGACACUGAGAGAGUACAUUAUCAAUGGAGUUGCCUCUAGCGGUGUGUCCAAACUUUGCACAUCGUGUUUCGUUGGUAUGGGAGCAGAGAUAGCCACCAAGAAGGCUUUUGAAUGGGUAACUAAUGAGUCUAAAAUGAUGAAUGCUGGUUGUCUCAUUGCUAGGGUUCAAAAUGACAUUUUCUCUCACGAGUUUGAACAAAAGAGGAACCAUGUGGCUUCAGCCGUGGAAUGUUGUAUGAAGGAGUAUCGAGUGUCGGAGAAAGAAGCUGUUGAAUUCCUGUGGAAAGAGAUUUCUAACGCGUGGAAAGAUAUUGUCGAAGAGUAUUGUCAGAAACCGACCUUGUUGCCAUCAACCGAUCUCACGGAUCGUCUCCUCAAUUUGACACGUCUAAUCAAUAUAUUCUACGACGAUGGUGAUUGCCUCAUCAAUUCCCACCUUUUGAAGGAUCAUCUCACCUCACUUUUCAUUGAUCCUGUGCCUCUUUGA